AUGACAGAAAAUUUAAUGAGACCUUAUGGUGGUAAAAGUUUAUCGUACGAAAAAAAAAUUUUUAAUUAUCGGUUAACUUUGGCCCGUCGAUUUGUAGAAUGCACAUUUGGCAUUAUGUGUAGUAAAUGGCGAAUAUUGCACAGACCACUAGAUGUUAAGAUCGAGUUUGCAGAAAAUAUUGUUAAAGCCAUAUGUGUCUUACAUAACUAUGUCAGAGUGAGAGACGGUUUCAAAUAUGAAGAUACGCUUUAUGCAGCACCAUUAUCAAAUCUUAAUCCAACCUAUACUGGUCGUAAUGUACGUGAUGCUGAUACGAUUCGAAAACAGUUUACCAAUCAUUUUAUGAAUGAAGGUAAAUUAGAAUGGCAAGAUAAAAUGGUUUAA